UUAGAGGCUUUUCCCCCGCUCCGGGAGGAGUCCGCAGGCAGCCAAUCAGGUUGCAGCAGUCGUGGUAUGUGGGUGUGAGGGAGGGAGUGUCCGGGAGGCAGCGGGAGCUCGAGCCUGACAGGGACCCGUGAGUAACCGGACACGGACAGGGAGGUUCUGAGCCAAUCAUAGGAGGGAGCAACAAGGUAAUUAACCCAUUCCGGCCCUCUUGCUCCGUAGGAUCAUGUCGGGAACAUAUGAUGAUUCCGUCGGGGUCGAAGUCUCCAGCGACAGCUUUUGGGAGGUGGGAAACUACAAGCGCACGGUGAAACGGAUCGACGACGGCCACAGGCUCUGCAAUGACCUGAUGAACUGUAUUCACGAGCGGGCGAGGAUCGAGAAAGUCUAUGCCCAGCAGCUCACAGAGUGGGCAAAGAGGUGGAAACAGCUGGUGGAGAGGGGUCCCCAGUAUGGAACUGUGGAGAAGGCCUGGCACAACUUAAUGACAGAGGCCGAAAAAGUGAGCGAACUGCAUCUCGAGGUGAAAAAUGCAUUAAUGAACGAAGACUUUGAGAAGAUCAAGAAUUGGCAGAAAGAAGCCUUCCACAAGCAAAUGAUGGGCGGCUUUAAGGAGACCAAAGAAGCCGAUGAUGGCUUCAGAAAAGCCCAAAAGCCAUGGGCAAAAAAGCUAAAGGAGGUGGAAACUGCCAAGAAGUCUUAUCACGCCGCCUGCAAAGAGGAGAAACUGGCGACGUCUCGGGAAACCAACAGCAAAGCCGAUCCGGCCAUGAACCCAGAACAGCUGAAGAAGCUUCAGGACAAGGUGGAAAAGAGCAAGCAGGACUCUCAAAAGACCAAAGAGAAGUACGAGAAGUCCCUGAAGGACCUGGACGGCACAACACCGCAGUACAUGGAGAAUAUGGAGCAGGUGUUUGAGCAAUGCCAACAGUUUGAGGAUAAACGUCUGAGCUUCUUCCGGGAGGUGCUGCUUGAGGUGGAGAAGCACCUUGAUCUGUCCAACGUAGAGAGCUAUGCCAGUAUCUACAGAGAGUUGGAGUACGCCAUCAAGUCUGCCGAUGCUAUGGAGGAUCUCAAAUGGUUCAGAAACAACCACGGUCCAGGGAUGUCUAUGAACUGGCCCCAGUUUGAGGAUGAAGACUGGUCUGCUGAUCUGAACCGCACCCUCAGCAGGAGAGAGAAGAAGAAGCCGACGGACGGUGUGACCCUGACUGGAAUCAGCCAAUCAGGCGAGCAGUCUUCCAUACAGAACCAGCACAGCAGCCACCUUAGCGUCCAAUCAGCGCAAUCGACUAACAAUCCCUUUGAAGACGAAGAAGAGACCGGCAGUAUCAAUGAGACAGAGAACAAAAAAAUUGAAAAUGUCGGCAGCUACGAGAAAACGCACCCCGCGGAGUGGUCCGACGACGAAUCCAACAAUCCCUUCAACCCUAGCGACACCAACGGCGAUAACAACCCCUUCGAUGAAGAUGCGCUGACGACUCUGGAAGUGCGAGUGAGAGCCCUGUACGACUACGACGGACAAGAACUGGACGAGCUGAGCUUUAAAGCAGGGGAGGAGCUGACGAAGAUAGAAGACGAGGAUGAACAGGGUUGGUGCAAAGGGCGCCUGGAGGGGGGCCAAGUGGGUUUAUACCCCGCAAACUACGUGGAGUCCGUGCAGUGACCGGAGCAACUGUACCCCCCCCCCACCCUGCACCCCCUGUGUAACCUGUAAUGUAUUCACUGGCGAGAGACAAUACAGUAUGUGUCUGUGUAUAUAUAUAUAACAGUGUAAGGGAAUGAGGCCGACACUAGGACUACAGUAGCAACAUCUUCACUGACUCCUCCCCCUCCUGUAUUGUGUUUAACCCCUGCAGGGCCAACAUGUCUGUGCAACACUGGUUAUUAACUGCGCAGCCUCCGUUCCUUCCCCACGCAAUUUAUUUUUUAUAUAUAAUAUAAUAGAACUAUUUUUAGUUAAUGUCCCCCCUCCCCUCGUUACUGUCGGAAGGGCGGGUCACCGCCUGGCGCCGACCCUGUAUCCACGGAAACCGUUUCUUUUAAGUGACCUUCCGUAAGGUGAAUAUCUCUAUUUUUUUAAGCGCUGCCGUUACUUGUUCUGAUUUGUUUUCCUCUUUUUUUCGUUUUUAUCAGAUUUACGUCUUAUUUAAAGGUGAAGCCGAGAUGAGGUUUUUUUUUUGUUGAGUCUUUGCCUUUAUGGGUUAACAGAAAUGUGUAAAUGAUGAGCUUGUGUCUGGGCUUCCAUUGGCUGCCCCCGGCUCUCCUGAUGAUGAUGAUGAUGUAUUUAAUAAACACUGGUCUGUUACGCAGUCACGUGGCAGAACUAAAUGCCGA